AUGUCCAGUGCACAGGCGAUGGAGGAGGAGCUGCAGCAGAGUGUCUUGCGCGCCGAGGACGCCGAGUUUGAUACUGUGUACAGCGCUGCUGGUAGUAGUACGAGGUCGAAUGCACGACGUGCAAGGAGCGCCUCUCGACAAGAUUAUGGCGACGACGAUGAAGUUCUCAGCGACCGAGAUGCCUCUGGCGAGGAGCUGGAUCAGGAUGCCUCUGGCGAAGAAGACAACGAUCUUCUUGCUCGACAAAUCAUAGUUGGCAGUGCCGCACCGGACCGCGAUGAGGAUGACGAAGAAAUCGACGAGGAUGCAGAAGGAGAAGAGGACUUGGACGAAGGUGUCGGCGCGGUGAAGAUUAGACCAGGAGAAUCCGACAACGACGAAGAUGCCGAGAGCGACGUCUCCGACCUGCCGAGCGCCGCCGAAGAAGAAUCCGACGAUGACGAAGCCAUGUGGGAUGAGGCCGACGGCGCCGACGAGGAUGAGGAGUCAGACGCAGCCCUACCGAACACGUGCAUAUUCUGCAAGCAAGACGAGGAGAAUGAUCCCAGUGAGGACUUUGAAGCAUUUCUCGCUUGCUCUCGCUGCAGCGACAACGCGCAUCAACAAUGUGCCCGUGACGCCAUCUCCUUGACGGAGGAGAAUAACGCUCAAUCGUGGAAAUGCCCUGAUUGUUUGACAGCAGAACUGGAGCCGGACGAUGAUGAUGUCGAUCAGGCCGACGAAACGAAAGAAACCCCCAGCGUCCAGCGGUCCUCGUCACGGCGCUCAGACACUGCCAAGUUGUCAAGUGAGAAGAUGAGCACAGACGGUCGCUCCGAUUCAAACGACAGAGACCUGGAUCGUGGCAGCACCGAAAGUUUUCGUGCACGGCGAAAGAGGAAGUCAUCCUAUACCGAGCCAGACGAGGAGGGCUCAGGUCCCGUGCGAAAGCGUCGACGAAACGUUUCCAAUGACGCCACCGUUGACGAUGGCGGAAUCGCCGACCAGUCGACCGAGCUGGCGAGGCCAAGGACACUGCGGCUAAAAGUCAUGGCGGCCGCUCCGAUUCCUGUCACUGUCGUCAAGCACUCGCGCACCUCGCUGGUCAUCAAGAUUCAAGUACGACCAGGUAAUCUGAAGGAAAUUCUGUCGCGCCGACGGCGUCACAAGAAACACCCCGGUGGUGCCGGCACGGUUGGUGUCAAUCUUGGCAGCACCCCUGGUGGGAUAUCAAGGCCAGCUGUGCCCCCCCGCUUGACGCCUGCUCGCCCAACGACUGCACCUGCGCCCACUCCUCUCAGCGCACUUCCGACUCCAUUCACCUCGGACUUGUACUCCCAGCCUUUCUAUUCCUUCUUCGACAAGGAGACGGACGAUGCCAAGGGCAAACCGUACGGCGGCAUCUUGUCCGAAAUCGAGGCAGACACAUCCAAGACGCUCCCUAUGCCGGAUGACCGCAAGAGAUUCGACCAGGCAAAGCAGAAGGCAGAAGACGAAUGGCGAACUCGGAUCAUGCAGAUGCAGGGGGAGACCGAAACGCCGCUGCGGAAGCACAAGAAAAACAACGACAACGUCAGCCAGAUCGAGUGCAUCGAGUUUGGAGGAUGGGAGAUUGACACGUGGUAUGCGGCACCCUACCCGGCCGAAUACAGCCGAAACCGAGUCCUCUACAUCUGCGAGUUUUGCCUCAAGUACAUGAACUCGGACUACGUUGCUUGGAGGCACAAGCUCAAGUGCCCGACGAAGCAUCCGCCUGGCGACGAGAUCUACCGGCAUGGGUCGGUGUCGAUCUUCGAAGUGGACGGACGCAAGCACCCCGUCUACUGCCAAAACCUGUGCCUCUUGGCGAAGCUUUUCCUCGGCUCCAAAACGCUAUACUACGACGUGGAGCCGUUCUUGUUCUAUAUACUGUGCGAAUAUGACGAGUGCGGAUAUCAUUUCGUCGGCUACUUUUCGAAAGAGAAGCGAGCGAGCAGCCAGAACAAUGUGUCGUGCAUCCUCACGUUGCCGAUUCAUCAGCGAAAGGGUUACGGAAAUCUGCUCAUCGACUUUUCCUAUCUCCUUACCAAAGUCGAGCAGAAGACGGGCUCGCCCGAGAAGCCGCUAUCCGACAUGGGCCUCGUGUCCUAUCGCAACUACUGGCGUCUGGAAAUGUGCCAGUACUUUUUGAAAUUUGCGGAGCGGAAACGGCUGCAGACGACGGGACUCAGCGUGAAGCAAAUAUCGGACGACACGGGCAUGACGGCUGAUGAUGUCGUUUCCGCUCUCGAAGGACUUCGCGCCUUGGUUCGAGACCCCCAAACGCAGUUGUACGCAUUCCGCGUGGACCUGGACUACUGCAGGCAGUAUGUGGCGAAAUGGGAGUCGAAAGGCUACGUCACGUUGAAGCCAGAGGCUCUGGCAUGGACGCCGUACGUCAUGGGGCGAAGUAACGCGGUCAACUUUGAGCUUGGCCCGCCAAUCAGCACGAUUGCGCCUCGAGAAGAGGACGAGGUCAAGGUGCAGGAGGGUGACGACACCGUCGGCCCCGAGCCCAAUCCUUUGCCCAACAGCACGAGCGUGGCGGCAAGCCAGCAGGGGUCCGACGUACCCGGCGAGGAUGACGUCCCGGCGGAUGAGGCAGCAGAGGCUGCCGUGGCGGGGAAAAAGGAAGCGCUCGAGAAUAAGGAGAACGCGGAGCCGCAAGACCAAGACAUGGAGGACGCGCCUGCGGAGAUGGAGAUGUGGGCGAUGCCGUACAAGGGCAUACCGCCGACGCGGUUCGAGGUCUUCCCACCAAUCACGACGAGUCGACGCGCAGAACGAUCAAGGCUCAGCGUGGCUCGUCCGAGCGCCCCUCGGCCGCCCUCGAGCGUUGCACGGUUGAAACGGCCGGAAGGAAGCAGCCGGCGUUCGGCGGCGAGCCGUGCCAGGAGCGGUUCCUCGCGACGGAAGACCGGGGGCACCGGGCGCGGGCCUGGCCGGUGGCCCAAGGGAACGAAGAAGUCCGACUACGGCAAUGCUGCCAGCGGACCCGGCCUACCACCGGGAUGGCUCGAGCGGCAGUCGCUACUGAAAGGCGACGGAGAGGGUAGAAGCUGCGACGUGGAGAAUGCCGAAGCAACCGAUCAGCCGGUCAAGGACGAGGUUCAAAUUGUCGUGGCGAGCGGCACGACAUUGAACGGACCGGCGGCCGUCUUGUCAGCCGGAAUGGACAUGGACGCCGAAGGAGAAGACGAGUGA